ACAGGGGCACGGAGCGGGUGAAGGAGACGGUCCCUGGCAGGCCCAAAGGCGGCGACCUCACGAGUCUCGAGAGGCCCGGACAGGUCGAUCCCGACCCGGAGCUCAACUUUCAGAAGAGAGACGCCGCAGCAAACCUCUCUCGGGGAAUCGUCCAGCUCCUCACCUCCAUGGGCCAGACGGCCUUGGCAGGGGGCAGCAGCGGUCCCUCCACCCCACAGGCCCUGUACCCUGACCGGUCUCGUCCCGAGGGCUUGGAGGAGCUGCUGUCUGCUCCCCCUCCUGACCUGGGGGCCCAGAGGCGCCACGGCUGGAACCCCAAGGACUGCUCGGAGAACAUCGAGGUCAAGGAAGGGGGCUUGUGCUUUGAGCGGCGGCCGGUGGCCCAGAGCACUGAUGGGGCCCGGGGGAAGAGGGGCUACUCGAGGGGCCUGCACGCCUGGGAGAUCAGCUGGCCCCGGGAACAGAGGGGCACCCACGCCGUGGUGGGCGUGGCCACAGCCCGCGCCCCGCUGCAGGCUGACCACUACGCGGCGCUGCUGGGCAGCAACAGCGAGUCGUGGGGCUGGGACAUUGGGCGGGGGAAACUGUACCAUCAGAGCAAGGGUACUGGGGCCCCCCAGUAUCCACCUGGACCUCAGGGUGAGCCGCUGGAGGUGCCAGAGAGGCUGCUGGUGGUACUGGACAUGGAGGAGGGAACUCUGGGCUACGCUGUCGGGGGCACCUACCUGGGGCCGGCCUUCCGCGGACUGAAGGGCAGGACCCUCUAUCCAGCAGUAAGCGCGGUCUGGGGCCAGUGCCAGGUCCGCAUCAACUACCUGGGCGAAAGGAGAGCGGAACCACACUCCCUUCUGCACCUGAGCCGCCUGAGCGUCCGCCACGCCCUGGGGGACACACGGCUAGGCCAUGUUUCCGUCCUGCCCCUGCCCCCUGCCCUGAAGCGCUACCUGCUCUACCAGUGACCCGGGGGAACCACAUGUGGCCCUGAUGCCUUGACUCGCCCCUCGGGGGCAGGAGGCACUGCUGGCGGAGAAUGGCUACCUACCACCAGGGAGGCUGCGGGCAGGCAAGGCUGGGUCCCACCCCAACCCCCCCACCUCAGGUCUGAGUGCCACCGCUCCAGAGCUACCACCCAGAGGGUGGAAGGGA